CCAGAAGAUUUAGAUCCUUUCCAAGAGGCAUUAGAAGAAAGAAGAUAUCCCGGGGAAGUCACCAUUCCAAGUCCCAAACCCAAAUAUCCUCAAUGCAAAGAGAAUAAAAAGGAUUUAAUAACAUGUCCAACACCAGGGUGUGAUGGGAGUGGUCAUGUGACUGGUAAUUACGCCUCUCAUAGAAGUCUGUCUGGCUGCCCGCUGGCUGAUAAAAGUAUUCGAAGUAUGCUGGCCACAAGCUCACAGGAACUCAAAUGUCCAACCCCCGGUUGUGAUGGCUCUGGACACAUUACAGGGAAUUAUGCUUCACAUCGAAGCCUUUCUGGUUGUCCACGAGCAAAGAAAAGUGGGAUUAGAAUAGUACAAAGUAAAGAAGACAAGGAAGAUCAAGAGCCAAUUAGAUGUCCAGUCCCUGGUUGUGACGGUCAGGGUCACAUAACUGGGAAAUAUGCAUCUCACCGUAGUGCAUCCGGGUGCCCUCUUGCUACUAAAAGGCAAAAAGAUGGGUACCUGAAUGGCUCCCAGUUUUCUUGGAAGUCAGUGAAGACGGAAGGUAUGUCGUGUCCAACCCCAGGAUGUGAUGGCUCUGGACAUGUCAGUGGUAGCUUUCUUACACAUAGGAGGAAUAGAAAAUGAUGAAGAAAUUAAACAGUUAGAUGAAGAAAUAAAAGAGCUAAAUGAAUCCAACUCCCAGAUGGAAGCUGAUAUGAUUAAACUUCGAACUCAGAUUACCACCAUGGAGAGCAACCUGAAGACAAUAGAAGAAGAAAACAAAGUAAUUGAACAACAAAAUGAGUCUCUCCUUCAUGAAUUGGCCAAUUUGAGCCAAUCUUUAAUUCAUAGUCUAGCUAAUAUCCAGCUACCGCAUAUGGAACCAAUCAAUGAACAAAAUUUUGAUGCUUACGUGACCACUUUGACGGACAUGUAUACAAAUCAAGAUCGUUAUCAGAGUCCAGAAAAUAAAGCCCUACUGGAAAAUAUAAAGCAGGCUGUGAGAGGAAUUCAGGUGUGAACAGCUGCUAUAGUGGUGAAAAUUCGUACCUUUAAAAAAAUAAAGAUGAUGCCUCUUGUUUUUUGCUGCUGUAAUUUACCAGAAAGUGUUAUAUAUAUUUCUUUCUGUUUAAAACAGUGUUAUGCUCACAAGACUUCAUAAUAAUUUUAUGUCUUGCUUUGAAAAUAGUAAUUGCCGAAUAGUUUUUUGAAUACAUUCACAUUUUGUACGUUUUCAUAUAAGCUGACAUAGUGUGAUAUGCCAUGUAAUGUUUAUAGCUGCUAAUGUAUGCACAUUUUGGGGGUAAAUAUAUUUCUGAAGAGGUAAGCUGAUCAAAAUAAAGAGUGUAAAUUCUUUUUAAUGCUUUAGUGAUUAAAUGUUUUAGUAUUUUGAACUGAAAUGGACAAAAAGAAAAAAAAAGGGAAAAAAUGCUUUGAAUGACAAUGUUGCAGUCUCCAGCCACUUUUUAAACACUCAUUUAUCCCAUUGCUGGAAGAUUUUAUGGGAUUUAAAAAAUACAUUUUGUGUGCAUAUUGUUUCAUAGCAAGAAUUGGUUGCAAAAAUGCUUUAUUUUUUACAAUGCCUGAAAAUAUUGUGUGACUUUUGUUUUCAGAAGAUGGUAUGUGGUGGGGGCAAUAAAAAGGGGGGGUUUUAAAAUUUUUAAAAAGGGCAUGAAUUAGAUGUGAAAUGUAAAAGGAGCAAUUUAUUGUAAGACAACAUCAAGCCAUGGAAAUUUGACAGAAGAUUCAAAGCAGCUUAAACAGCACUUUUUAAUUAACUUCUAAGCAUUACUUGGUAUGAAUAUGGAAACUUCCACAAUGACAGGAACUCUGAUCAGAGGUGGACUACGGGAAGAUUUCGACUUUACUUUUCAAAGUCACUUUGGAUUCAACAUCCUUUAUCUCUCCAGAACUCUUAAGAGUGUCCAUCUGAGUUAUCUGUUAAUGCAAUGUAGUUCGUCAUUUCAUAACUUCACUCUUUCCUUUUUCGGGCAAAACACAAUUGUUUAAAAUAAAGCUUGCCUGUAAAAAAGAAAAUGUUUUCAUUUGGGAACUAAUUUCCAAACAUUGUCAUAACAGCAGUUGCUGACCAGGAUUCAUUGCUACUGUACCUAGGAAACGGAAUCUGAUAGUUUCACUUUCUUCCCUUUUCACUGUUUACGUUCUGCUUUUUGGUUGGAGUACAAUCAUUCAUAAGUGUAGCAUUUCCAUAUGCUAUCUAUUUGUUCUACUGUUACCUAUUGCAAAAAAACGAAUGCAAUCAAAAAAAAUAUUAAUGUAACUAAAUAUACUUUGGCACUUUUUUGCUUUAAAUUGCAUCAUUUCAAGCUAAAAACGUAUUGUACUUUUUAAAUUUGAUUGUUAUUUCUUCAAAAUAACUGCACUAAAUGUAUGCAUAAGACCACUUUUCUUGAGACAUUUUUGUUUCUAAUUUAAUAGUAGUAAUUCAGAUGGUGUGUUGUGUUUGUCGGAUGUUGAAUUAAUUUCAAUUUGAUAGCAUAUCUUUUCCUUCCAUGUCUUGAUGUUAUGCAGAAAAGUACAAGAGUACUUUAAAAAAUUUUGUUAUGAAAAAAGAUGGGUUUUGUAAAAAAAUAAUAAUAAUAAAAUAAAAUAUUUUUAGCAGAACAGGACUUACAGGGUCAUUGUCCCCACAAUGUGCCAGUUGACUAUUUGCACUUACCUUGCCCUAUAUAUCCAUACGGAGGUGUGCAAUUUCUUGUGUCAUUAGGUUUGUGACACUAAAUUUGAACAAAUUAGAAUGGAAGCCAGUGUGGCUAAUCCAAUAUUAUUGCUAAGGGGAGACUACAGGGAUCUCACAACAAAUAUUCUGAUACAAUACUCAACCUCGGUAUAUAUAUAUGUAUAAAUAUAUGUAUAUCCCAGCGGCACUUUAUACUAUACACUGUACAAAAAGCUGACAGUUUUCCACGAGGACUUUAAUAACUAGCUGGGAGAAGAUGAUGUAAUUAUUUUGGGGCUCUGCAGUAUCUUCUUCUUCUCUGUACAGUGCCCUCCUUUCUGUUGUGCUAUUAGUUGUAGCUGCCACGCUCAGAAUUGCCUUUUUGAGAGCUGAAGCAAGGUGCUUGAGAUUCACCUCCUCCUGCCAUACCUGUCGUCCUUUGGCCUCUCAUUCUCCAUAACGGCAUAUGCAUUUUCCCACUGCAUUGUGUCUGCAGCUUCUUUGCCAAUAUAGUAAUGCUUUCCGUAGAGUAAUAGAUAGUAUCAGUUUUGGAUUCUUAUUGUUAUCACCUAUGUACAAUGGAAAAGGGAUUUUAAGCACAAAUCCGCGCUCCUCAUCUAAUGUUGGUACCUAAUAUCAAAUCAAAAGUUUAUCUGUGACUAUUAUAUAGGGAUCACAAAGGUGUCACAUAUUAGAAUGCUGACAUUUCAUCUGAAAUUAUUGUGAGUCAUCAGAGUUUAUUUAUUCUAACUUAUUGUUCAAUUUCAUUUCUAAGUUUAAUUUAAGUGAUCAUUUAUUAAGACAGAAUUUUGUAUAAACUACUUAUUGUGCUCUCUGUGGAACUGAGGUUUGAUUUAUUUUUGUACUACACGGCAUGGGUUUGUUGACAUUUUAAUUUUGCUAUAAAUGUGUGAAAUCACAAGUUGCUGUGAUAACUUCAUUUUUAAAUUGUGAAAUUUGUACAAAUUUUGUCAUGCUGGAUGUGAACACAUCUUACUCUAAAUAAAUAAAUAAAAUGUGUUGCCACAUUUGUAGCACAGCUGUUCUCUGGUUAAUUGUUACCUUUCAUAUAUUCCCCAUAAAAUAGCAAUGCCUGUAUGCCAUGGCCCCCUUUUUUCAUUUUCAUCACUGAAAUGAAUUAUUA